AUGUGUCGUACAGGCUCUUUUUGCUCAUUUGAAUGUUGCACAUCAUCCACUAAUUACAUGUCAAAGUAUAUAGAAAAAUAUGUGGCCGAUGAAGCGAAACGACCGAAUGCUUUCAUUGCACUAUCAACACUCGACUCGCCAUUAUCACCAUCAGGAUCUCCAUCAUCUUCACCAAAGCCGUCGUCGUCUUCAACUUUCAAAGUUUCAAAGAUAUCGGUAAGGAAAAAGAAAAAGCACGAACGACCUGAGUGUCCGGUAUGUUUGAAAAAGAUCAGGAAAGAGCCAUCCUACAUAUGUAAAUGUUUCCAUCUCUUCUGCAAGUCUUGUGUCGAUAAAUGGAUAGAAAUUAACGAGACAUGCCCAAUGUGUAGGGGACCGAUACAAUUUGUGGUAUAUACUGAGAGAAAAAGAAGCCGACAUGCACUGAGGAAGUUGUUUCAACAGCAUUCGAACUGCAGGACGAGAGAAGUACAAGCAGGAGUUGAGUAUUCUGCUGAUGAAAUCGAUUAUUUUCUUUCCAUUUUGAAGGAUGGCUGCCAACUUGAAAACGUCCUACCACGUGAUAAUUUUGCUAAUGCUGUUAAGCAGAUCUACAAAUACGUUAAAAGAAAAAUCGAAAGAAUUUCCUAA